AUCAUAUGCUUAAAAAAGGAAGAAGAAUCAUAAAAUCUCCCAAACAAGGGGCUGAGCUCUGAAAUUCCAAAACAAAUAUAAAUGGGGGAACCCUACUGGAGAUACGGCGGAGGCGGAGUCGGUUCUGCUGCUCAUCCUCCUCCUCUUCUGCCAUCAUCUGCUGACAGAGUUGCAUAUACAGGAAGCAUCCAUCCACCAAGCUUUCCCGGCUACUUAUCAUCUGAAGCAGCUAUAUUACCAACUCGUAAACCAUAUAGCUCCAAUGGUUUGCAGGGUAGUUUUUCAGAUUUUACACAGAAAGAUAUAUUACCAUCGCGUCCUGGGGUUUAUGGCAUAGAUGAUACUGCUGGCGUUCGUCAUGAAUCUGGUCUUAAUGGAUCAAUGAGUAGAGCAAGCAUUAAACCUUACCCAUCUUUGGAAGAUCCAAAUUUACUAGGUCAUCCACGAGUUGCUGCUCCACGUAUUAGUCCUGGCAUCCCUGAUGCGACUAAUGAAAGGCCAAAUUCUGUGAGGAGGGUUGAGAGCAAUCAAGUCCCAGCAGGAGAGUCCAACAUUCUGUUUGUUGAUGGGCUUCCGAAUGACUGUACAAGAAGAGAAAUAGGCCAUCUUUUUCGCCCAUUCAUCGGGUUUAGAGAACUGAGAGUUGUUCAUAAGGAGCCUAGACGAACUGGAGACAAAGCUAUGGUCUUGUGCUUUGUUGAGUUUUCUGAUGCUAAAUGUGCUCUUACUGCCAAGGAAGCACUUCAAGGCUACAAGUUUGAUGACAAGAAAGCCGAGUCCCCUGUUCUGAGGAUCUCCUUUGCACACUUUCCCUUUAGCCUACCAUCUGACCUGGAUAGGCAACAAUUGGGCGCUUGAUGACACGAGAUAACCAAUUGGAUGUCCUCGAAAUACUGCAGUUGGUCAGCCCAUUACACAUCCUACUAGAAAGGUGAUUUAUGAGUCAAGUAUUCGAAUGGCAUUGUAUNACAUUCA